CAAGAAUUCACUGUGAGCUUCACAUCUCAUUACAGCUAAUGGACCAAUCAAAUCAGUCCACAGCUUCAAAACAUCCAAUCAGGCGUGAGUCUGGACCUGCUUUUCUACUGAACUCACAAGUUCAUUACCUCACUAUCACUUUGUCUAAACAGGAACGAUGAUCACACUCUUUGUCGCGCUUUACUCUCUUUUUUCUCUCUGCACAGCUGUAACAACUUCUGACAUCAAGGAGCUUCAUGUGAAAACAGUAAAGCGUGGAGAAGAUGUAACUAUGGAGUGUAGCAUGAGCAAGGUCAAAAACAAAUAUAAUUUAGCUUGGUACAGACAGAGUUUUGGAAAAGUGCCUCAGUAUUUUGUAAGACGUUACGGGCAAAGUAAUUACACAUUUGCAGAGGGAUUUAAAGAUAGCCGCUUCAGUAUGACUGUAAAUGACCAGAAGUUUGAUCUCAACAUUAUCGGAACGAGAGAAGAUGAUGGAGGAGAAUAUUUAUGUGGAGAAGUGGAGGGAAUUACAAUAAAGUUCACAUCUGGAACACGUCUGCAAUUUGAAGGUGAAGAGAUGAAACACUGUCCUACACCUGGAACGGUUAACAACAACACAGAUUCUGUUACAGGGUCCAAUGAGGGUUCAAAGAGCAGUGAUGGAAAAGGUGAAGAGAUGAAACACUGUCCUACACCUGGAACGGUUAACAACAACACAGAUUCUGUUACAGGGUCCGAUGAGGGUUCAAAGAGCAGUGAUGGAAAAGGUUCCAGUUGUACUGAUCAGAUGCAUGUGCUGGUCUGGCUCUCCAUUUUUAGAGUUGGAGUUCUUGCCUUCAUGCUUCUUAUCUUUCCAAUAAUCCUGAUUGUUUUCAAAUUAAGAUCAAAUUAGAAAUUCAGAUACAAAUGGAAGAAAUACUGAUUUAAGGAGAAAACAGUGUGUUAGAUUUAACUAGAGCUAAUUGCUUAUAUUGUCCGUAUAUUGGAAUGAUUUUGGUCUAACUGUAAUGUGGAGGUAUUUACCAGCCGUACUUACAGCUGCAUUUAAGGGCUCCUGAGAGGCGCAGUACAAAAUCGUUCUCCCUAUUGUCUCGGGGUCUAAUCCUGAGCAUGCCACAGACAUCCGUGGUCGGAAGUCCAAGAGAGCAAAAUUGGCCGUGCUCUCUGGGAGGGAGGGACAUACUCUCUCUCCCCUGUCAAUCACGGCAACACCAGCCAAUUAUGAGCAUCUUUGGGUGUGUUAUGCUGCCCCCUGAUGGUCAGAAGUUAUAAAAGAUGCAGUUAUCUGGCUUCACGUGUCUCACAGGAAGCAUGUGAUAGCCUUCACCCUCCCUGGUUGGUAGCUGUUGUGUGACAGGGGAGACCUCACUGGAGGGCGGGAACUGGUCAUGAAUAAAUUAGGGAGAAAUUCAGGGGAAAAUGUAAAUGCACUUAAUUAAAUAAAAUCUAAAGUGAAUGUACAACG